AUGCCACUAUCUCAAACAGAACAUGCGAGCGCCAACAAGGUACUGACGGCUAGGGAUUGGCCCCUUUGGGAGCGAUGGUUCGCCACGGCAGUGCUAUCUGGCUACAAGUUCAUCUCAUCGCUCGCGUCAUCCACUAUGGCUCCAGGCAUUGAUGCCAUUUCAGAAGAACUUGAAAUCCACAAUCCGGUUGUCAGUACCCUAACACUGACCGUAUAUGUCCUGGGAUAUGCUGUAGGGCCGCUGCUCCUUGGUCCCGCCUCAGAGAUCUACGGACGGAAGCCUGUGCUUACCCUAAGCAACAUCUGGUAUCUCGUUUUCAAUCUAGCCUGCGGUUUCGCCAGAUCGAGGGAUCAGAUGAUUGCAUUCCGAUUUCUUGCCGGAGUUGGCGGAAGCGGCCCUCUUGCUCUCGGAGGAGGUGUGCUCAGCGAUUGUUGGAAUGCAGAAGAACGUACCAAGGCACUAAGCUUGUACACGCUUCCAGCGCUACUGGGACCGGCUCUUGGGCCUAUUGUAGGUGGGCUGAUUGUCGAGAAUCUUUCCUGGCGAUGGAUAUUCUGGGUCACAUCUGCGAGCUCUGCUACAAUUCAGCUCAUUGGGCUCGUUCUCCUGCGGGAGACCUAUGCACCAGUGAUCAGGAAGCGUCACAACCUCGAAGAUCAAAACGCACUUGGCCCGGAGGUCCAGUCAGGGGACGAAAAGGUUACGAGAAAAAUCGCCAGCAAGCUCACGACUGCUGUAAGACUUCUCUACUUCGAGCCGACUAUUCAGCUUGUCUCCUUGUACGGUGCCUUCCUUUACGGCCUCAUGUACAUUGCCAUUUCUUCCAUGACUGAGUUGUGGAUACAUCAAUACGGCGAGUCACGUUCAGUAUCAGGGCUCAACUACUUGUCUCUCGGGCUCGGAUUCGCAUUUGGCUCUCAGUCAGGUGCAUUUGCCAAUAGAUGGGCAACAAAUGCGAAACUUCAUUGGAUUCUUCCCAAUGUCGGCGUCUUCAUAUUCGCUUUUGGCAUUGUAAACGGCUUGCAGAUUAUUAACCUCUACACGGUCGACUGUUUCACGAGUGUGUCGGCUUCAGCCGUCAGCGCUAUUACUGUGACCCGUUCAAUCGCUGGAUUCCUGCUGCCUCUUCCUGUCCCGAUCAUGUACCACCGCCUCGGCUAUGGCUGGGGAAAUACUCUUCUAGCCUUGAUAGGAGUAUUUCUUGGCUUCCCUAUUCCACUCAUUUUGUGGUGGCACAGUAGGAGACAGAGGAGCAUGGCUACUAGCGACUGA